UUUUUUAUUCUUUCCUUAAUAAUUUUUAAAUAAUUAUAUGUAUAAAAUUUAGAUAAUAUAAAAAUAAUAUUGUUUAUUUCAGUUUAUCUACCAGUAUGGCAACCAAAAAACUUGUUUAUCCUGCAGCUGAUCGUAACAAGAAUCCAAUACUUUUAGUUCUUCAAAAAUAUAUUCAACAUAGUCCAGAUCAAGUCUUUUUAGAGAUAUCAUCUGGUAGUGGACAACAUAUAGCCCAUUUUGCUUCUCAUUUUCCUGAAAUAACUUUUUAUCCUUCAGAAUAUGAUCUAAAACUAAUAGAAAGUAUAACAGCUUAUGCAAAUGGAUUUUCAAAUAUAAAGCAACCUUUACAUAUAGAUAUUAAGACAGAUUUUCAUAUUUGGGAGAAUAAUAUGUUUAAAGAAGCCAGCAUUGAUUAUAUAUAUAAUGCAAAUUUGAUACACAUUUCACCUUAUGAAUGUUCUAUUGGUUUAUUUAGUAAUGCGGGUAAAUUAUUAAAAAAAAAUGGUAUUUUAUUUACAUAUGGACCUUAUGCUAUAGAUGGAAAAAUAACGCCAGAAAGUAAUAUUAAUUUUGAUAAAAGUUUAAGACUUCAAGAUCCAAGGUGGGGUCUCAGAGAUAUUAAUGAUUUAAAGGAAUUAGCAGAAAAAAAUGGAUUGAAGUUAAUAAAUAUUUAUGAUAUGCCUGCAAACAAUAAAACUAUUAUAUGGAAAAAAUAUUAAAUAUAUUAA